GGACAUGUAUCACACUGGGCAUGUCAGAGGACAGCGUGCGGAAUUUAACCUCUAAACGCGGAGUAUUGACCAGAGAUACGUUCACCUUCGUGCCAGAGUCAUGUUGGACCUUGUCCAAUAGCACGCAUUCAUGUGAAUAUAUAUAUAUAACAAACAUUUAAAUGCUCGUUUGGCCAACCAAACCCAUCUAAUUAUCUGCCAAGCCAAAGGAGCACUAACGAAAUGCUGGGGAACAGUCAAAGGAUAAAAUAUAUCCUAAGUCUAGUUCCCGGCAAGCGCCGGUUUGGGACAUAUAGAUUUUUACCUUUCUUUUUCUGCUUAGGAGGAGUAAUGGAGUGGAUUAUGAUCAACGUUAGAAUUGGAAAAGAAACCUUCUACGAUGUAUACCGGAGAAAGCGAUCUGAGAGGGAAUAUGAGCGGAAAAUACAGGACGGAUUGAUUUCACUCCCGGAGCCAGUUAAUAAAUGAAGCCUGUCAGAGACCCAUCACGGUGUGAUUACUAUGACGGCUUUUGCGGACUCAAUCGGCUUUUUCUGUUCGUUCGAAAGAUUGUAAUCAAAUGAACUUGGGUGCCAGUGGCCUGUACUACGAAGCGGGGUCACUGGCUUAUCGGGGUAACUUGCCGGAUUUAAGGUACCACAGUUUAAAUGGACUUCAUAUUCGUUCACUUACAUUUUACCCAGACUACCUUAAAUCCGACAAGUUAUCCCGAUAAAUCGGUAACCCCGCUUCUUAGUAUAGGGCACAGAAGUUCUUAAUUUAAUAUAUCUCAGCCGUAAGUACGACCACUUACAAUGCAUCUUACACUUAACAGAUCUCAGUACUAUUAUUAUCAUUAUAAAUUUAUCGUAUUUAGAUAUACGGAGUUAUUUUGCACAAUCCCGUUCUUACCGUAUAUGCAAUUUUUGAGACAGUGGAGCUAUUGUUUAUAAACCCACCUCUAGCAAACUCCAUCAGGUACCUAAAUCAGUUCUUUUAAUCCCAGUUUGUGUAUUUGCUUUCAAGAUUUCAUGGGAGCUAGUCUUCUAUUUGAAACGAGUUAUGCAUAUUUUUUCUGUACAUUUCCAUCAUAAAGGAUUGCACAGUUUGGUGAAUCCGCUUUCAACAAACAAAACCUUGGUCUGGAUUUGUUCUUUUUGGACCUGAACUUACCACUUCUACUAUAAACUAAUAUCUAUUUAUUUUACAAUGUUCCUAUUAAACGAUUGUUUUCUAAUAAAAUGCAUAACAUUCAUCUUAGUUAAAA